AUGCAAUUAGAUAAUCUUAAGCUCGAGAACUCGGCUCUUCAAUCAUGCAUUGAAGACAACAAGUCAGCAAUUGAAGAUCUUCGUCGUGAUGUUGUUUCAGAAGAAGAUCUUCAUUCUCAACUUGAAAACGAACAAGAAGCUUCAUUUGCAGACAUUUCAGAACUUAAUGCCAAACUUGCCUCACUUCAAACCGACAAUAGCUUCCUUCCAGAAGUUUCCGACGAACAUUCUAAACUUUUAGCGGAUAUUUCAGCCAUUGAAUCAUCUAUUGCUGAUAAACGUUCACGAAACGAAGAGACUUCUAAACUUAACCAAGCACUUGAAGCCGAACUCGAAUCGAAGAAGAAACAACUUGAUCAAUUGCCAGUUGUCGAAUCCCAACUCGAUGAACUUCAAUCUAAACUUUCAGCUCUUGAAGCUCAGCUCGCUGAGAAAUUAAGAAAGAAUGAAGAAACAAUCAAACAAAAUCAAGCACUCCAGAAAGCGAUUUCAGAGAAACAAUCUGAAAUCGACCAAAUUGAAGCUGUUGAAGACAAAUCUCAAGGACUCAAUGACAAACUUAAGGAACUCGAGAAACAAAUCGCAGAUAAACUCGCUAAGAAUGAAGAAACAAAGAAGAACAACGAGGAUCUUGAAAAGACUAUUGCUGAGAAACAAUCAAUGCUAAACAGCAUUCCAGCUGUUGAAGACAAAUCAGCAGCACUCAAACAAACAAUUGAUAAUCUUCAGAAGUCAAUUGACGCGAAACAAGCCAAGAACGAUGAAAUAACUAAGAACAACAAUGAUCUCGAAAACCAAGUCAACAAUAAACAGUCAGAAUUAGAACAAAUCCCAGAAGUCGAAGACAAGACUGAAGAAUUAAAGAACAGACUAGCACAACUCGAUAAUUCUAUCAACGAAGUCAAGGCAGAAAAUGAAAAGAAGAAUGUCAACAACGAGAAAAUCAAACGUGAUAUCGAAGCCAAAGAGAAAGAACUUAAGCAGUUGAAGGAAGAAUUCAUUAAUGAUACAAUUAAUGCCGACAAUGAGGCAUCUGAACUUUCUUCUCGUCUCCAAGAUCUCCGAGAUCAGAUUUCUCUGACAAAGUCACAGAUUGAUGAUCUCCAGAACGACCACCAGGAGAAAACUGAUGCGCUCAAGAAUGAUAUAGCCGAAUUGGAGGAUGAGCUCAAUGGAAAUCAGCAAUAUCUCGAAGAAGUUCGAAAAGUUCUUGAUGAAUUGCACGACAAACUUUCUGAUCCAAGUAAUCUUGAUAUAGUUACACAACUUGCACAGGAAGCAACAGAGAAACUUGAUGAAAUCGCAGUUGCCAAUGCAGAUAAUCAAGAAGUUGUUGAUGCAAUCGAGGCUGCUAAAGAAGAACUCAACGGUUGGGUUGACGAACUCUUGAAAUCCUACGAAGAUGAAUAUCUUGACGAUCUCAAUAACCGCAUUUCUGAUCUCAUUGAUUCUAUCAAUGAAGGAAAUGCCGACCCAGAAACAAUUGUUUCUUUGGCUAACGAAAUUACUAAAGAGAUUGACAACGCAAUUCUCGAUAGAGAUGAAACAGAGCGCGCUAACCUUGAAGAAGUUAAAUCAUCAAUUGACAAUGCAGUGAACAACUACCUUGAUCAGCUUUCUGAUGACGCCGAAGAAGAAUACGAAGAGGACGAAAUGGUUGGCGAAGCAGAAGCACGCGAUAUCAUCUUAGAAGAAGGUGCCAAUGAAGAAGAAGAAAAACUUGAAGCUGAAAUCAAUGUAAUCGAUUCUCAGAUUAAUGAAAAAAUCCAAGAACGCAGAACAAGAAAAGAAGAACAGUGA